AUGGAAAAACAUUUUCCUAAAAAUGUUAUAAAGAACAUUUCAGAACUUAUUAAUGGUGAAUUGGAUUUAACAGCAGCUAAUGGUACACGAAUUGGGUAUAUUGGUUGGACUGAGAUAGAAGUUAGAUUGAUUUCAUCAAAAGAAAAGGAUCCAUAGGUUAUGGUUCCUUUCUUAGUAACAAACGACAGUUUAGAAUAUUCCAUUCUUGGAUACAAUGUCAUUGAAGAACUAAUCAAGCCGAUGAAUACAUCUGAUAUUCAGUCAGCACAUAUUGCUACAGUACAAGCUAGUUUUUAAGGUUUUGAUGAGAAAGUGUUACUCGAAUUGGUUAGACUGAUACAGACAGCAAGAGCAAAUAAACUAUGCACGAUUAAGAGCCCAAAGAAAGACUUUGUUAUUCCGGAAAGAAAACAUUUAAAGUUAACUGUCGAGCGAAUACUGGACCGGUAGAAGAAACUACACUUGUUUUGUUUGAACCGGACGAAUUAACGCCCUAGCCAGACGGUUUAUCGGUGCACGAAACGGUAACAACAGUGAAACAAGGGUCAACGUCUCAAGUAAAGAUUGAUGUGACUAAUGCUACUAAACAUGACAUUGUCGUGCGUAAACACACAGUAUUAGGAAGUCUUCAGUUAAUUAAAUCGAUUACACCUGUAGAAGUGAAGUUGGCAGAAAAGUCAAGCAAAGAAAAAGACGAACAGUAACAGCCACACAAUCCCAAGUCAAUGCAAUGACGAAGGAAACUCGAGAACGAGACAAUACAAAUGAUGACCAGUUUUUACCUGAAGUUGACCUUAGUGGAUUAACAGAACGUCAACGUCAAGUGGUUACUAACAUGUUGAAGGAAGAAUGUCACUCUUUUGCAAGAAAUGAUGAGGAUAUCGGUUAUAUCAAAGAUCUAGAACUAGAAAUAAAUUUGACAACAAACGAGCCAGUGCAAAAGAACUAUGUAUCGGUACCAAGACCUCUCUACCCCGAAGUAAAACAGUGCAUUGAAGAUUUGUUAAAUAACGAGUUUAUAAGAGAGUCAAAAUCAGCUUAUUCAUCCCCAGUAGUAUGUAUUCGCAAAAAGGAUGGAACUCUGCGACUUUGUGUCGAUUAUAGAGAACUUAACCGUAAGACAGUGCCAGAUAGGCAUCCUAUUCCGCGCGUCCAAGAAACUCUCGAUAGUUUAGGUAGUAACGCUUGGUUUAGUGUAUUGGAUCAGGGUAAGGCGUAUCAUCAAGGAUUUGUGAAACCGUCCUGCCGACCGUUAACAGCAUUUGUGACACCCUGGGGGUUAUAUGAAUGGGUAAGAAUUCCAUUCGGUCUUAUGAACGCCCCAGGAGUUUUCAGAGAUUCAUGGAACAGUGUUUAGGAGAAUUACGUGAUGAAAUUGCCAUUCCUUAUUCGCAUGAUGUGAUCGUAUUUAGUAGAACAUUCGACGAACAUGUCGAACACUUACGAACAGUUUUACGUCGCCUAAGAGAACACAGUGUCAAAUUAAAGCGAAGAAAAUGUAAAUUGUUCAAACGUGAGGUCACAUUCCUCGGUCGAGUGGUGUCGAAAGAUGGCUACAGAAUGGAUCCCGAGAACAUUAACGCAGUUGCGAGUCUAAAGAACAAUAUUCCUCAUACAAUAGGAGAUCUUCGGAAAAUGCUUGGAUUACUCAGUUACUAUCGUCGUUAUGUAUCCAAUUUCGCGCGAAAGGCUAAACCAUUAUACGACCUUGUUACACAAGCAGCAACGACAGACCCGUGUCAUGAUCAAGAGAACGGUAACAAAAACACCAGAAAGGAAGGUAAAGUGCCAUCAUCAUUCAAAAUCGCGUGGACUGAGAUACAUCAGACUGUGUUAGAGAAACUCAUUGACCAUCUGAUAAUACCUCUGGUUUUGGCAUAUCCAAUUUGGCAUUAUCAAAAACCCUACAUCGUGCACAUUGAUGCCUCGAAAGACGGUCUAGGUGCUGUCUUAUACCAGGAACAGGAAGAGACAAUGCGAGUCAUUGCGUACGCCUCCCGGAGUCUGACGAAUGUAGAAAAGAACUAUCACCUCCACGCGGAAAAAUUAGAAUUUCUGGCACUCAAAUGGGCAAUCGCCGACCACUUCCGUGAUUAUUUAUAUUACGCGCCUGAAUUUACCGAUAACAAUCCAUUAACAUACGUUUUAACAUCUGCAGGACUUAAUGCCACAGGCUUAAGAUGGAUUGGAGAACUGGCCGACUUUAAGUUCAACAUCUGUUAUCGUCCAGGAAAACUCAAUGGAGACGCCAAUGCAUUGUCCAGAAUGCCUAUGAAUAUUGAUGAUUAUAUGAAUGCAUGCAGUGAAGAGGUUAAUCGCGACGCUUUCCAAGCAACUGUUUGUGGAGCAAAAGUACAGGUCGAGCAGUUUCAAACACCUUUGCUCUUUCCUCCUGACAUUACUCGAGCGGAUGUUAGUUUAAACCAAGCAUCUAUAGAUUUGAAGACAGCACAGAAUGACGACGCAGAUAUUGACCGC